AUGAGUGACUCCGGCGCGCCGGACGCUGCAGAGGCAGCCUCGGAGCUCAAGCGCAAGAGAGUGAGUUCCAUUGAAGAUGAAACCGAGGAGGAACAGCCUGACGCGGUGGAUGUCCCAUCGAAGAGCCCCUUCAAGGCGGCACGCGUCGAGUCAGCUGACUACAAGUCAAUUCGCUCAAAGUACCUCGACACCAUGGCCGAGGAGUCGGAGGAAGACGCCGCUGCGGCCGCCGACCGCGAGUCAGAUUCCGAGUCGGACUCCGACGAUGAGGCGGAGCUAGGCUCCGAAAUACCCGACGAGAUGAAGGGGUUCAUCGUCGACAAGGUCGACGAUGACGAGGUGUCCGUGGAGUCAGACGUCUCGGACGUCGAGUACGACCCGGACGUGUUGGACGACGACGAUCUGGCGCUCAUUGCCGAGAACACCGGCGCCAAGUUCGAGCAGGAGGAUGACGACUACGGGGCCAAGCAGCUGCGACGCCUGAAGAAGGGGUCGGCGGUCGCGAAGCGCCAGGAGGAGUACGACAACUGGCUGGAGGAUGAGUACAUCGAACAGGGCGACCUGGACCUGUCCGACAUCUGGGCGACGGUCGCCGAGUGCUUCGGCGACGUUGACCUUGUGGUACAGAUUCUGAAGAACGAGCGCACCGUGCAGCCCAGAGAAGAGGCCGCGGUGUCCGACUACGAGUCGGAGUAUGUGGAGCCGGCCACCCAGGAGGUGACUCUGGAGAGCCUAGCCGACCCGGACGAGUUGGCGAAGGAGUACAUGACCAAGCAGGACGAGGCCAUCCGCGAGCACGACGAACCCGAGCGCCUUUACAUACGCUACAGAAACCGACCCCGCCACACUGACGAUCGGGAGAUUAAGGACGAGGCACAGUGGAUCGCCCGCCGCCUGAUAAGCGAGUUCUCAGACGACCUGUCUGUGGAACGCGUGCGCAAGAUGUACGACCUCGUGUUCCGGGGCACAUACCCCUCUCCACAGAUCUCGCCGGAGGAGGACAUUCGUGAGAAGUGUGAGAUGGUCCUGGUGUGGCUGCUGAACGAGCGUUGGGAGGUGCCCUUCAUCCUCCACCACAAGCGCCACCUGAUUUGUCCGCCGCUCACGGACGAUAUCGUGUGGCGGGUGUACCACCUGGACGCCGAGUGGAUUAAGCUGAAAACAAUGGCGGAACGCAUCAAAGACAUUAUCGACCGCAUAGGCUACGAGGAGCUGCCGAACGACGUUUUGUACUACGCCCUCAACUUCAACACGCUGGAGGACCUGCAGGACGUCAACGGCCACCUGCGCUACCACCAUCGCAAGGCGAUGUACGAGGAGACUCCCGUCGAGGACCAGCCUCCGGAGAAACCGCUGCAGCCGGCCAUACCCGCAGAGGACCCCGUUCCCCUUGAGGACGGUAUCAUGGGUGAUGACAUAGAGGACGAGGACGACGUGUUUGGUGAUUUCGCCUUUGGCGGGCACACGCUCGAGACCACCGCGGACCCGCAGCAUUUCCGAUCGCCCAGUUCGGUGCCGAUUUCGCCCAUGUCCGCAAUGUCGUCGCCCUUGGACCGCAUGGACGACCCAGCGGAACCCGUGCACGGCGAUGCCGGGCCGAGGAUAUUGCCAGCCAAGAAAACGAGCAUCAUCCCCCCAGACUCGCCGGCAGAAGGCGACCCAUUUGAUGAAACGAACCAGGAAUUCGGCAGCGGCGACGAUGAGAACCACGACCUCAGUGGCCGUGUGGCCGAGAGGGGCGGCGGUGACAACGGCGACGUCGAUGACGAAGCCCAGCUGGAUGAUGACGACGACGACGAUGACACUGACCAUCACGCCGACAAUCGCGAGGGGCUGGACAUGUCAGCCGAUGAUAUGUCGGACGACGAAGAUGUGGACAUGGAUGUCGAUGGCAACCAGCGGUCUGACCACGCGCCUGCGCACAGCACUGACCUGCUGGAAAUGGACGACGACCACCUCAAGGACGACUACGAAGAGGAGGAUGAGCUCCCAGACCAUCGCAUAACUGAGAUUGCCACGUCGAUGAAGUCGCUUGAGGUCCAAACUACCACAAAACGACCCCACAUGAAGCAGCGCAGCGUCGACAUGCACCUGAUCGACACCAUCGAGAAAGGAGGCUUCCACGAGCUGUGGCGCGGCUACAUCGCCGACGCGCGACAGUUCGCCACGGUACUCGAGAAAUCGCUAACGCCCGGCUCCACGGAGCUGCGCAUACAGAUGGAUCAGGUGCGGGCGCAGUGGAAGGAGCUUGGCGCCGUUGGCAUGCUCGACGCGCCGUCCAUCAUCGAGGGGAGCGAGGAGCAGCAGGUGGAGGACAUGUGUGCGCAAUUCUGCAGGCCGCCCUACAGCGGCGGCAAGCGCCUGUACACGGCGCUGGUGAGUUACCACACGAAGAUGCUGGCACACGACAUCACCAUACGCCGCUUGCUGCGUGAAUACUAUCGCAACUACUGCAGCAUCACCUGCACCACCACCACCAAGGGUGAGGCGGAAGUGGACGUGGCGGACGCCUCGUGGCCUGCCAGGCGGCUCUAUCGGAUGCCGCUGCGCGAGUUGACCACGUACCGGCAGGUGCACUACUCGUACCCCACUUCCGCGACGACGCGUGAGGAGCGGUACCGCAUCCUGGACUCCCAUCGCCGCGGCACGGCCUUGGCGGAGAUGUACCUCCAGAUCGUGCAGCUGGAGAAGGAGGGCGCAAUCAAGUGCACCAUCCACCCGAUAUGCGCGCAGGAGGUGCCCGCGUGGAAGGCGGACGGGUUCGGCGACCGCUUCGCGGAGUGGUACGAGCGUUACAAGGUGGUGACGUACAGCGGCAACCAGCUGGUCAGCGAGAGUUACCGCACCCGCAUGGGCGAGCAGAAGGCCAUCCUGGAGAAGGAGGAGAUGCUCCUGAAAGACGCCGAGGAGCGCGAUAAGCAGUGGCGCCGCCAACUGCUGGACCAGCUGGUCAUGGCCUACUGCCCGUCAAACGUACCCACUUACAGCAUAUGGCGCCACAUACAGAAGGAGAUUUUGAGUCGCCUGAUCAACGUGGAGUUGAUCCCCAAGUUCCGCAUGGAGAUACGCGAGGAGCUCUGGCGCAACGCGCAGUCCUUCGUUCUGCUGCACUGCCAGCGCAUGCUGCAGUACAAGCUGGACGUGAACCCGUCGCCCAGCGAAACGGUGCUGGCGCUGGCGGUGGAUGCAGAGCCGCAGCGCGUCUACGCAACCGUAGUGAACGAGUUUGGCGACAUGAAGGACUACAAGAGGCUGGACCGGUUAAUCGCUCACCCAAUAAUGCCCCGUAAUGCGACCCCCUCCAACCCCCUUUUCAAGGAGGUGAUGGAGGAUAUAGACGUCCUGUGCGACAUGGUGGCCAACUUCCGCAUCUCGGUGGUGCUGGUUGCGAUGUCCAACACGGGCGCUGUCACGCUGUACAACCGAUUAGAGACGUACAUGGUCCCUAACAUCAAAGUCCCGCUGACAAUCAAGAAGCUGGACGUGGAGGUGCCGCGUCUACGCGUCAGCAUGCUGCCAAGGGCCAGCGUGAACGAUUUGUGCCUGUCGAUGGCGCGCUGGUACAUCGACCCCGUCGCCGAGACGCUGAACCUGUGGAGCCAGAACAGCACCAACCUGCUUCUCAAGCUGAACCUACAUCCGUUCCAGCACGUCAUCAGCCAGGAGAAGCUCCAGGAGUACCUGGAGUGCACGUUGGUCCACAUGGUCUGCCAUUUCGGAGUGGACAUCAACCGUGUGAAGAAUUCGAAGCAUCUGGAGGCGACCCUGCAGUUCGUCGCUGGUUUGGGCCCACGCAAGACCAUGGACGUGCUGCGCUUGCUUAAGAUCGCCGCCAUUGGAACCCGCAGCCAGCUACGCAUGGGCCAAGCGGCCAUCCGCGGUUUGGGCGAGCUUGUGUUCUACAACUGCGCCUCCUUCAUCAAGAUCAGCUCCAACGAGGCCAUGGACAUCCUGGACACCACGCGUUUGCAUCCCGUGGAGUGCUACUACACGGCCGAGAAGCUGUGCACGGACUCGCUCGACUAUGACCUCGGCGGCGAGGAGGCCAUCCAGGAAAUUUUCAACAACCCCAAGAGGCUGGACGACCUGGACUUGGAGGCGUACAGCAGCCUCCUCAUGGAGAAGCGCAGCAUGCCCCGCAUGCUGCCAUACUUAUUGUUCGUGAAGCACGAGCUACAGUCACCUUUCCACGACUACCGCGCUGAUCUGCAGGAGUUGCGCGAAGAGGAGGAGUUUUGCCUCGCGCUGCAGAUCGACCACCUCCUGCUACGUCGCGGCGCCCAUGUGAUGUGCCGCCUCGAGGAGGUGUACGAACACACGAUACGCGCCUGCGUGCUGCCGCUGGAGCUCAAGGCGCACGUGGUGGACUACCGGAAUUUCCGCGAUGACGUCUACCGCAUAUCCAAGGAACAAAACCGCACCAUCCAGUUGCGCGGCAUUUGCAUCAGUGCGCGCGUUUCCAACGUGGAGUACGCGCCGAACUUCGAAAAUGGGCGCUGCGCGUACCGCGUGGAGGUGGCGCUGACCGGUCAGCAGCGGCGCUACCUUCUGCUUGACCUCUUCGACGAUGUGAAGCGCGUGCUGGGCAUCCGCGAGGACCACCUGUCGCCCCUGGUCCACUUCGACGUCAACUAUUCCAAAAAGCCGAUGCUGAACGAGCACUCCGAGAAGCACAAGAUCCACUACCGCCGUGUGAUCCGGCACCCCAGUUACCGCAUGUGGCCGCUGAACAAGAUCGUCGCCUUCCUGAAGCAGCCUGAGAUCGGCAUCGGCGAGUGCUGCAUAUGCCCGAUGAGCGAGUGGGACCGUUUGAACCUGGUGAUAAAGACAUGCGCCGAGCCCUUCAACUGCGCGACCUUCGUCAUCCACGAGCGUAACCAGAGGGUGCCCGGCGAGCUGGGCAAGGAGCUGAUACUGCUGAACCAGACCUACACGUCAAUUGACCAGAUUAUCGCGCAGUUCUGCGAGACACUGAAGCUCAACUUGGAAGAAAUCUAUAUGCACCCCAAGUUCAAGCACUCCACCGACAUCAGCAAGGCGGAGCGCGACCUCAUCCAGGAGAGCGCCAUGCGCCCUGAUGGCAUCGCAUGGGCGAUUUUGCCCCCCCACCCGAUGCAGCACAGGGGCUCUCAGGUGCGCUACAACCCGCUGAGGUUCACGCUGCUGGUGAUGCCGCCGAGCAUGGAGCUCACCCAGGGCGCGCGCAGCCUGCAGGACUCCAUCUACGUGGACCACCGCAGCUUCAAGCUAUGGACGCACCACGAGAAGUCGCUCGCGUCGCUGAUCAAGUGGUGGAAGCAGGUGGGGUACUGGAAUCGCAACCGCCAUCGUGAGCUGUACAACCAGGAGAAAGCUGCCCUGAUGCGGCAGGGGGCGGCGCCGCAGAUGCGCCACUAA